GAAAUAGAAUCAUUCUAUCUUAUUUACGAAGCCAAAAGUCUGAUAUAAGACUACAAGUACAGAUGUUUAUACUUGGAUACUUAUUUACUCUCUCUCUCUCUCUCUGAUCUCUCUUCAUUGUGAGGUUGAAGCUUGAUUUUGCAUAUGUUUUGAAAAAAAUGAGAGAUCGUAUGGAAAAAUUUGCACUAAUUCCAUUCUCCUUCGGCUGUGAUUCUGACACAAGUGUUGAAGUUAGCACCACACAAUUACCUGAAAAGAAAUACACAGACUCAAGUGUGGUUGUAACAAGACAAACGGAGGGAGAGGGAAAGCCUUCAAGAGAGAAAUCAAUGAAGAAAACGAGAGGAUGCUUGGCUCUUCCAAAACCACUUUUCUCCAAGGGCAUACGUAGAUUGAUGAAGAAUCUCAAAAGUUUUUCUCAAUUGUUUGUUUACAGGGAGAAAAUGGAGGAAAAGGAACUGGAAAUAGGGUUUCCAACAGAUGUGAAGCAUGUAAGCCAUAUAGGAUUGGAUGGAUCAACUACAAUCAAUCCAAUUCCCGAAUGGAAAAAUCGAAAAGCUCCUGAAAUACUUUCACUUCCAUCAAUUUCUUUAAAACAAUUUGAACUUGCGAUGACUGCCCAAUCUCAUGGCCCUUUAAGUGCUACCACUACUUCCAGAUUUACCCCCAGUAACCAUAUGAACUUUCAAUGCUAGACAUUUCUAGUGUUUAGUGAAUUUCCAAUGAACGAGAGUAAUUGCCAUUAAUUUCAUUGCUUGAUAUAUUUGUUUUUAGGAUGCGAAAAAAAAAAUUUAAUUUGUUACGAAAAUAGAAUUUGUGAUGAGUUAUUAUUGCAAAGAUUAAUAGCCGAAGAAAUAAUGAUUUGCUUUUGUAAUUCUUUUUCUUUUUUUAUGGGUUGUCUUUGUAUAUAUUCUGCAAUUCUAUUUUUUAUUAUA